AGGGUUAAAUCUCUCAAGUGGCAGAAAAUAGUGGGGAGAUGGAUGGGGAUUUAUAAGAGUAAAUUAUCAUUAUGUUGUAAGCGUGGCACAUCCGCGUUUGGAGGUAAUUGCCACUAUCUGUGAAUGAAACACCUUCAAAUCGUUGCCAUGGUUGUACCCACGUUAUACCUUUGACCCUCGGAGGCAGAUCUUGCAGACUGAUAAACAACAAAGAGGGAGGGAGAGAGAGAGAGAGAGAGGCUGUCGGGUAGAGAGCAGAUCGCACCACCCAAUUAAAGGGAGAGAAGCAGCGAACAUGUCGGAUAAUAUCCCGCUGCAGCCUGUCCGCCAUAAGAAGAGCCACGAUUCCAAACAGCGGAGCGGAUGCUGUAGUUGUUGCUGUAGGGGAAGAGAUUUCAAACCUCGCACCGUGUGGCUUGGACAUCCAGAGAAAAGAGAACAGAAAUACCCACGAAAUGUCAUCAAUAAUCAGAAAUACAACUUCUUUACCUUUCUCCCUGGGGUACUUUAUAACCAGAUGAAGUAUUUCUUCAAUCUGUACUUCCUCCUGUUGGCAUGUUCUCAAUUUGUGCCAGAUCUGAAGCUUGGUGCCCUGUACACAUAUUGGGCUCCAUUGGGUUUUGUCUUGGCCGUCACGAUCAUCAGGGAAGCAGUGGAGGAGCUGCGAUGUUACGUCCGAGACAAAGAAGUGAACUCCCAGAUCUACAGCAAGCUCACAGCCAGAGGUACCGUGGUUGUCAAGAGCUCAAAUAUUCAAGUGGGGGACUUGAUUAUUGUGGAUAAGGAUCAAAGGGUACCUGCUGACAUGAUCUUCCUCCGUACAUCAGACAAAGGCGGGUCCUGUUUUAUCCGCACUGAUCAGCUGGACGGUGAGACUGACUGGAAGAUGCGCUUGCCUGUUGGAUGCACGCAGAGGUUACCCAUUGCAGCUGAUCUGCUACAAAUACGGUCCUCAGUUUAUGCAGAAGAACCAAACCUUGAUAUCCACAGUUUUGUGGGGACUUUCUCUCGGGAGGAUAGUGACCCACCAAUUAAUGAGAGUUUAAGCAUUGAAAACACAUUAUGGGCCAGUACGGUUAUAGCAUCAGGCACAGCAGUGGGUGUUGUUAUCUACACAGGCAAAGAAAUGCGGAGUGUUAUGAAUACUUCCCACCCAAAGAACAAGAUGGGGCUGUUUGACCUGGAGGUGAACUGUUUAAUGAAGAUCCUGUUUGUUGCACUGGUGGUGUUAUCCCUUGUGAUGGUCUCCCUGCAGCACUUCCGGGGACGGUGGUACCUCCACUUGUUUCGCUUCUUUCUUCUCUUUUCCCACAUAGUUCCUAUCAGUAUUCGUGUAAAUCUGGACAUGGGAAAGAUGGUCUACAGUUUGAUGAUUCGCAGAGAUGACAAAAUUCCUGGCACGGUGGUACGGGCCAGUACCACUCCCGAACAGCUUGGGAGAAUUUCCUUUGUUCUAACAGACAAGACAGGAACCCUUACAAAAAAUGAAAUGCAGUUCAGGCGUCUUCAUUUGGGGACAGUGUCCUAUGGAUUGGAUUCAAUGGAUGAAGUGGAGAGCCAUGUUUUUAGUGCUUAUACACAGCCUCCAGCUGCUUCACAAGAUAAAUCUUCAUCAGCAUUUCCGAAAAUACGUAAAACGGUUGCCGUUCGUGUUCACGAGGCAGUGAAAGCAAUCGCUCUGUGCCACAACGUCACGCCUGUCUACGAAUCUCGGGGACCUGACUCCACUGACCAAGCUGAAGCUGAGCAAAACUAUGAAGAUGCUUGUCGAACUUACCAAGCAGCCAGUCCAGACGAGGUCUCGCUGGUGCAGUGGACAGAGUGUGUGGGCCUGACUCUGGUGGGCAGGGACCAGUCCUCCAUGCAGCUGAGGACACCAGGUGGACAGAUUCUGAACUUCACCAUCCUGCAGGUGUUCCCAUUUACCUACGAGAGCAAACGCAUGGGAAUCAUUGUCAAAGAUGAAUCCACAGGAGAAAUUAUGUUCUAUAUGAAAGGAGCUGAUGUGGUCAUGAUGGGAAUUGUUCAGUACAAUGACUGGCUUGAAGAAGAGUGCGGCAAUAUGGCCAGAGAAGGACUCAGAGUUCUGGUUGUUGCCAAGAAGUCCCUAACAGAGGAACAGUACCAGGAUUUUGAGAAUCGUUACAUUCAAGCAAAGCUGAGUGUGCAUGACCGGUCAUUGAAAGUCGCUACGGUUAUUGAGAGCUUGGAGAUGGAAAUGGAGCUGCUUUGCCUGACUGGGGUGGAAGACCAGCUGCAGGCGGAUGUCAGACCCACCCUGGAAAUGCUGAGAAAUGCUGGAAUAAAGGUCUGGAUGCUCACUGGAGAUAAACUUGAGACAGCAACAUGCACAGCAAAAAAUGCACACCUGGUAACUCGGAAUCAAGAUAUCCAUAUUUUCCGAACAAUAACUAAUCGAGGAGAAGCCCACUUGGAACUUAAUGCUUUCAGAAGGAAACAUGACUGUGCGCUGGUCAUCUCUGGAGACUCCCUAGAUGUUUGCCUGAAGUUCUAUGAGUACGAGUUUAUGGAACUUGCCUGUCAGUGCCCGGCUGUUGUGUGUUGUCGAUGCGCUCCCACACAGAAAGCACAGAUCAUACGCCUGUUACAGCAACGGACCCGCAAACUAACAUGUGCAGUAGGGGACGGAGGGAACGAUGUCAGUAUGAUCCAGGCUGCAGACUGUGGAGUGGGCAUUGAAGGCAAGGAAGGAAAGCAAGCAUCUUUGGCGGCAGACUUCUCCAUAACUCAGUUCAAACACCUUGGUAGGUUACUGAUGGUCCACGGACGCAACAGCUACAAGAGGUCGGCUGCCCUCAGCCAGUUUGUCAUCCACAGAAGCUUGUGCAUCAGUACCAUGCAGGCUGUUUUCUCUUCAGUGUUUUAUUUUGCAUCUAUUCCUCUGUACCAGGGUUUCCUUGUUAUAGGGUAUUCCACAAUCUACACCAUGUUCCCAGUGUUCUCUCUUGUUUUGGACAAAGAUGUUAAAUCAGAAGUUGCAAUGCUUUAUCCAGAACUCUAUAAAGAUCUUACCAAGGGUCGACCGUUGUCUUUCAAAACAUUUCUGGUUUGGGUUUUGAUUAGUAUAUACCAAGGUGGAAUAAUCAUGUACGGCGCUCUCCUGCUGUUUGAUUCGGAGUUUGUGCAUGCAGUGGCCAUCUCCUUCACCUCGCUCAUUCUCACUGAGUUGCUGAUGGUGGCACUCACAAUCCAGACCUGGCACUGGCUCAUGAUCGUGGCAGAACUUCUCAGCCUCAGUUGUUACAUCGCUUCUCUUGUCUUCUUGCAUGAGUUUAUUGAUGUCUACUUUAUCAUCACAUUAUCCUUCCUGUGGAAAGUCUCAGUAAUCACUCUGAUCAGCUGUCUUCCGCUGUACAUCCUGAAAUACCUGAGGAGAAAGUUUUCGCCACCGAGCUACUCCAAGUUGACCUCGUAGAUUCUGAUGUCUAUGACCCCACUCCAGUUGGGAAUCACGCCCAGCAAUUUAGGGAAUUUAUUUGACGGUUUCAACUACUGAUGAACUAAAAUGCUACCAUAACAGUAAUGAUCAACUGGUGGAAAACAAUUGGGUGGUAAAGAUGACCAGAGAUGUGACCUGCUGCUUCAGUCAUAGGAUUUAAUGACACCCAGUCAAAAAGGGAAAUAAUGCACUGUUCAAAAGCAGGAGGCUAGAAAAGAAUAGAUUAAUGGUAGAAGAAUCAUCAACCUAUCGCAGCCAAUGAGCCACUGAUAAAAUCUAUGUGUAAAUGUGCUUAUCUUUAUCAUUCCUUAAUUUUAUUUGUGCCAUAAUCCUAAUCUGAGUUUCGGUUAUUGAUCUCUUUCCAUUCACCAUGCUUGGUAGUUGGUUACAUGGGUGGUGCAGUGGCAGAGUUGCUGCCUUACAGCGCCAGGGACCCGGGUUUGAUCCUGUCAGCAGGUGCUGUCUGUAUGGAGUUUGUACGUUCCCCCUGUUACCUGCGUGGGUUUUCUCUCACAUCUUCGGUUUCCUCCCACACUCUAACGACGUACAGGUUUUGUAGGUUAAUUGGCUUGCUAUAAAUAUAAAAAUUGCCGCUGGUGUGUGUAGGGUAAUGUUAGUAUGCGGGGAUCGCUGGUCGGUGUGGACUCGCUGAGCCAAAGAGCCUGUAUCUCCAAACUAAACAAAAAAUAAACUAAACUAGAAUGAUACAUUUUCUUCAGUCUUUCAAGCAACCACCCCAUUUUUCUGCCUAAUCAUUAUGGAUUGUGCAAACUAUGUUUUGUGCAUUUUCACCAUGGUUACAGAAUCGAGAGAUACAUCUUCUCAUUAUUGAUCUACUAACAUUUUCAAGAUGGUGGCUCAAAUACUAUGGGCAAAACAUUGUUUAUCCACGUGCACUAACCACGUAAUGUAGUAGGAUUUAUGUGUUGCACUUGCCUCUGAGAUUCAAUACCACUGGUAAUGAUGUCGGGAAAUUUCAGGAGUUCAAGGUACAUAGAAUACUAUAUUGCAUCUAUAUCAUGUCUGAACAAGGAUCCCAACCCAAAACAUCAUCUAUUCAUGUUCUCCAGAGAUGCUGCCUGAAAUGCUGAGUUA